AUGGAACAGCUUGGACCGGUCUUCCACGUCACCAAGGACCUGAAGUACGCUCAGUUCGGCUUCGACUCGUGGCGGGCCAAGGGUACCUACAAGCUAUCGGCCACCACGCCCGCCGCCCACGCCGACGGUCCCGUCUGGGACCCAGAGGGCGGAGGCGGCGAUGCUGCCGACGUAGCAGCGGGUGAGCUAGAACCGACCGAGCUAUCACCGGGGCUGUACUACAGCGUUCCCGUGGCCGGCGGCGAGGUCGAGGUGGAUCUCACGACGUCGGGCCGAAAGCUCUCCUUCCGCGGCAGGGGCGGCUCGGCGCGCCUGUGGGCCAAGGACGGCUGGCUCAAGGUUGCCGAGCGGUGGACGGCCAUCCGGGUCUGGGCGAGUCCCUACACCUUCACCUACUGGGAGGUGGUAUCCCGUGGCGCCAGCCACUGGGGCAAGACGUUCGUUUCGGGCCACCUGUUCCACAACGACCGGCUCGUGGUCGGCACGCGCCUGGGCAACGCGUCCGCCACCGACGACCACAUCCUCAUCACGCCCAACUACGGCGGCGAGAUCCACGGGCGGUUUGACGACAAGAACACUGGCUACACGCUCGAGUUCGGCUCUCCCGGGCGCGGCCGGACCCGGCGGUUCGAGAUGCAGCACACCAUGAUGUAG